AUGGAUAAAUCUUGGAUGCAUAUUGAAGAUAGAUUGCGGUCUCAUGAAUAUGCCGAAGACAUUAAUCAAUUCUUAUCAAUGGCUCAAUCCAAUGCUCCUUCCAGUGACUCAAUUAGGUGUCCUUGUCAGGACUGUCAUGAUCCUUUUCAUGCCAACCGGUCAGACGAUGAGGAUGAUGGAGAUGAUACUAGAGAGUACAUUGAUGACGUCGAUGAGAUGUUAGAUGACAUUCGUGUGGGAUCCUUCGUGGAUGAUAUUAUCGGUUUAAAUGCUAGUGGCAGUGAUGAUGAUAAUGCACAGCCCAACGUUGGGACUUCUAGACACCAUACGUUUGAACAGUACGUCGAGGAUGCACGACGUCCACUAUAUCCAUCGUGUACAACCUACUCAAAGCUAUCAUUUAUAGUGAAGUUGCUUCACAUCAAGACAAUCGGGGGUUGGAACGUGAAGUCAUUUAACAUGGUGCUAAAGCUAUUGAAGUCUGCAUUCCCGAGUGCUAUCUUACCUGAAGACUAUAAUGAUGCACGUCAGCUAGAGCGUGGGUUGGGAUUUAGUUACACCAAAAUCCAUGCAUGCCCAAAUGACUGUAUGUUGUUUUGGAAAGAUGAUGAAGACAAAGAUGAAUGCCCUAAAUGCAACGCAUCUAGGUGGAUCUCAAUGACGAGUAAACAUCGGGUACCUCAGAAAGUGAUGCGUUAUUUUCCAUUGAAGCCUAGGUUGCAACGCCUUUAUCUAUCAAAGAAGGCAGCAGAAGCCAUGCGAUGGCAUAAAGAGGGCCGUAUUGAUGAUUUGAACUGUAUGAGGCAUCCAGCUGAUUCCAAAGUUUGGAAAGAUUUUGACAGUCAACAUGAUUGGUUUGCCAAAGAUUCUCGUAAUGUCCGUCUUGGACUGGCCAGUGAUGGGUUCAACCCGUUCAAUAACAUGAGCAAGCCCUAUAGUAUAUGGCCAGUAAUACUUCUACCUUACAACUUGCCACCUUGGUCUUGCAUGAAAGACACAUACUUUAUGUUGACCUGUUUGAUACCUGGUCCUAAAUCACUCGGAAAUGAUAUCGAUGUCUUCCUGCGUCCUUUAGUUGAUGAGUUGAAAGAAUUAUGGGAGGUUGGUAUUGAGACAUAUGAUGCAUUCAGUUGUGAUGUUUUCCGAUUAAAUGCAUCUUUACUUUGGACUAUAAAUGACUUCCCUGCAUAUGCCAAUCUUUCUGGGUGGAGCACGAAGGGGAAGUUAGCAUGUCCUGUAUGUAAUGUUGAUACCGAUUCUAUGUGGUUGGCGUUUGGGCGUAAACAUUGUUAUAUUGGCCACCGUCGAUGGUUGGAUCUGGACCACCCUUGGAGAAAGAAAAAACGUGCUUUCAAUGGUGCCAACGAGGUUCAGAUUCAGCCAGCAAAGCUUUCGGCCCAAGCUAUAUUUGAAUCAUUAUCCGUGGUCCCGAACGUGCAAUUCGGGAAAAGUUCACGGAAGAGGAAACGGGCACCACAAGAAUUAAACUGGACAAAGAAAAGCAUCUUCUUCGAUCUCCCAUACUAG